AUGUCAACAAAACAAUCACAAUCAAGCCAUCUCCCAAUACCUGAACGUCCAUCGCCGUGCCAUCCUGCACCAUGGCGACAGAUUGAAGCAACCCUCUACGAGCGCAUUAACGAUGUAACUCUCCCCGACGUUGUAGAAACAGCCGGUUUCCAUCUCAUACCCGCGCCUCCGACGCCGAUACCGACAUCCUCCUCCUCAGAUGAUGAUGUGUUCAUCAAACGUCUGCACCGAGCGCUAGAACUAGCUCUCUUUGGCCAGAAAGUAAGAUGCAGCUUAUACGGACGAGAGAUCGCUGAGAAUACGCGACCGGGUCAUUCGCCCCAUGGUCUGAGGGAGAAGCUGCUCCGUGAGGCUUGGGAGGGCAUCGAUAGCAGCAGUGACUCUGGCUCAGCGACGCCGAUUGAGGGAACAACUCCACCAAGUUGCGACGAGGAUACCUCCAGACUGGAGGCCCAUGUUAAAGAUGAUAUGGCAGAGAAGAAGAUUCCUGCGUCGAGUCGGAAACGAAAACGGGAAACUGAGGAGGAUGAAGGGGGUAGGGUCAAGCGCAGGCGGACAACCGGCGAUUAA